AGUGGGGUCGGGCUAAGGCCUAUCCAUUGGCUCCUUCUGGCCCGUGGUGACGGGGUAGCGUCAGUUCCGGUGCCGAUCCGACGGCUGCCGCGCUGACGUGGCUCCCGGAAGUGGGGCUGGCGCACGGCCGCCAUGUUGCAGCAGGACAGUAAUGAUGACACUGAAGAUGUUUCACUGUUUGAUGCAGAAGAGGAGACAACUAAUAGACAAAAAAAACCCAAAAUCAGACACCCAGUGGCAUCAUUUUUCCAUUUAUUCUUUCGAGUCAGUGCACUUGUAGUCUAUCUUCUCUGUGAAUUGCUCAGCAGCAGCUUUAUUGCCUGUAUGGUGACAAUUAUCUUGUUGCUGUCAUGUGACUUUUGGGCUGUGAAGAAUGUCACAGGUAGACUAAUGGUUGGCCUGCGUUGGUGGAAUCACAUUGAUGAAGAUGGAAAGAGCCAUUGGGUGUUUGAAUCCAGGAAGGCAUCCUCUCAAGAGAAUAAAAACAUUUCAGAGGCUGAAGCAAGAAUCUUUUGGUUGGGACUUAUUGCCUGCCCAGUGCUGUGGGUGAUAUUUGCCUUUAGUGCCCUUUUCUCCUUCAGAGUAAAGUGGUUGGCAGUAGUUAUCAUGGGUGUGGUGCUACAAGGUGCCAACCUAUAUGGUUACAUCAGGUGUAAAGUGGGCAGCAGAAAGAAUUUAACCAGCAUGGCUACCUCAUAUCUCGGAAAGCAGUUUUUGAAACAAGUAAAACACUGGAGAUGAUCAGACUUCUUGAAUAGAGAGAGAAAGCUUAUAUGUUCUGUUACACUGGGGAACAACUGAAGAGAUUCUUGAUUCUGAACCAUUAAGAGCACAGCUUAUGUUGCAAUGAGGAGUACUGGGUUUGUUUUUUCUACUUAAGAAUUAUAUUUAAAAAAAGAAAAGUAAUUUUCGUAUUAAAAUUUUAUUUUCUUUCCAGUAGUUGGGGCUAGAAAGUAUGUUGUCACUAGAAACAUUGUCAAAAUUUGUUUUGUGGUGUACAUAAGUUGCACAUAGUUAUAUAUCAGUAUGUCUCAAAUUAAGUGUUUGUGUUCAUUUACAUAUGUAACAGAAAUGUUUGCAUUUUGAUCCAUAGAACAUAGAAUUACGUUCUUAGUCUAUUUCAAAGCAUGUGUUUAUGUAUUAUUUCUGUAGAUUAUUUUCAGAAAUAAGCUUUGCUUUCAUGAUAAGAGUACUUUGGCAUAUGUAUAAGUUAGAAAUAAUUGCUAAUUUUUAAUAUGUACUUCAUGGUGAAAUUUAGAGAUGUGCAAGCAAGUAAAAACCAAAUUCGGGUCAGUGGUGUUAACUAGUUUCUAAAAUUUUUGUUUAUUUUUAUUUGUUAGAAGUCAUUUACUUAAGGCUCAUUAAUAGAAGUAGAAUCUUCAGAGUUUAUGUUUAAGGGAUAUCCAGAGAUUGCUGCUGUUCUUACAAAAGAUAGCCACAUUUCACUUUGGAACUUCCUGGAAUCUCUUGGUCCUUGGACUAAUAAAAUUUUUUCUUGUAUCACUAAAAAAGCAUUAUUCUUAUGUCAUAAUGAGAAUUACAUUUAAAUACUUGGCAUAAUAAUUGCCUGAAAGACAGUUUAUGAAUCUAUUUUUUUUCUUUUUGCUAUAAUGGGAAUAUUAUAAAUCAUGAAUUUGUAGUAUUUCUUAAAGCAGUAUAUUUAACUGUAAACUAAUCUACAAACUAUCGUAGUCUGUAAAUUCAAUUGUUGGUACUGUAAACUUUGGAGUCUUAAUCAGAUUAUGUUGUAAAUGUAUUUGUACAUUGUUAAAUAUUUUUAAGUUGUUUAAUUGAAUGUCUUUAUUGGAAUGAUAGCUUUGAAGGUGCAAAACUUUAUAUUUGUAUAAAACUCUACUGUUUACCAAG